AUGAUUCGUAAUAAGUUGGAGGCGUUUGGUUCGAGUAACCAGCAGGUGCGUUUGAUGACAUCGGGUGAGUUGGACAAGUGUUUGAGGGAGGCGUUGUUUAGUGACUCUGUUGGGUGUUCCGAUUCGAUUUUGUAUGACAUUUCUCAGGCCACUUACCACGAGGUUUUCUUCCAGAAAAUCAUGAAAAGCACUUGGAAAUGCAUCUCGUCCUCUCCCCGUCGCGUUAAACGCAUUCAAAAGGCGUUAAACCUGUUGAAUUAUCUGAUAAUCAACGGGUCAGACCGGUGCAUCUACGACGUAAUGAAUAAUUUACACAUUCUGUCCUCUGUUGGGAAGUUAAAGUUUAGCCCCGCCAAUAGAGCAUUGGGACACUUAGUCUCCGAUAAAGCUGCACAAAUUGCUGCUUUAGUUCUGGAUAACAGAACACUCCAGGACAAACGCAGGUACUCCGCAUCCAUCAGGGACAGGUUCAUCUCACUCUCCUCAACCAACGGAAUCGUUGAAACUAAUGUACUACACAAACCCGUUUUCGUUCUCGAUAAAAAUCAUUCCGUUCCCCCCGUACCCGCUUUAUCCGGGGUACCCAAUCCACAUAGUUUACCCAAUCCACAUAGUGUACCAAGUAUUGGAAAUGUCCGUACUAUAGGAAAUAGUAUAGGAAAUAGUAUAGGAAAUGGUAUAGGAAGUGGAAAUAUUGGAAUAAGUAGUGCGUAUACGGUUGGGACUACGGGCGGUAAGGGGAUAUUGAGUAGGUUAUUUAGUAACAAGUUAAAGGUCACAAAGCCCAAUAUCGGACUCUACGGUAAUUCUCUACACUCUCAAAAUCAAUCUUUUCCGUCCCAUCACACUUCAUAUGGUGGUUACGGUAAUUCCUAUGGAGGAUAUGGUGGAUACGGGGGUUACGGUGGCAUGGAUGGAUUUAAUGCGUUUCCGGAGGUGAGUGUGGGAAAUGAUUACUACACCCACAGCUUCCACAAUAAUCGAAAGACAGACGAGAACUUUAACAAGCUUGAGACUAAGUCUGAUUCCACCUUCAAACGCUACUCCACCACAGAAAGUUCCUAUAGCGAUUCUGACAGUAGUUAUAGUACGAGUAGUUAUAGCAGUAAGAGUAGUACGAGCAGUAGUAGUGAGAGUAGUUAUAGCAGCAGCAGUAGCAGCAGUUCAUCCUCCAAACAUUAUAGAACUGUUGACAGAAGUUACAGAGUUGAUAGAACAUAUGAUAGAGGUUACAGAGAUUAUGAUAGAGAUUACAGAGAUUACAAUAGAGAUUACAGAGUUGAUAGGGGGUAUGAUAGAGGGUAUAGACCUGUUGACAGAGAUUACAGAGUUGACAGAGGAUACGGGGGAUAUGGAGGAGGAUACGGGGGAUAUGGAGGAGAAGGAAGGAGAUAUGGUCAUAAUCCAUUUAAUCAUUAA